AUGCCUCACGCCGACUCCUCCUAUUUCACUCCCGGCAGCUCCAAGGCCGAAAUAUACGAACAGCUCCUGCUGUCCACACAAGGUCUCCUAGACGGCCAACGGAAUUGGGUUAGCAACCUCUCCAACGUCGCCUCCCUCCUCUGGCACGCCUACGGCUCCCUCCCAGCCCCCUCCUCAGCCGUCAACUGGGCCGGCUUCUACAUCCGCGACGACAAAUUCCCCGCCCUCGCCUCGCCCGUCUCCUCGCCGCCCUUACCAGGCGCACCCGGGUACGGCGGCGUCAUCAUCUCAACUACAUACUCCUGCUCGGGCGAUCAGAUCCUGCUCCUCGGGCCGUUCCAGGGAAAGCCCGCGUGCCAGGAGAUCAAGUUCGGGAAGGGCGUUUGCGGCACGGCGGCUGCGAAGCAGGAGACUGUUGUCGUGCCUGAUGUGCUGACUUUCCCGGGGCAUAUUGCGUGCGAUGCGGAGAGUCGGAGUGAGAUUGUGGUGCCUAUUUUGGUGAAUGGUGAGACGGUCGCUAUUAUUGAUAUCGACUGCACUGAGCCUUCUGGGUUUGAUGAUGUGGAUAAGGAGUACUUGGAGAAAUUGGCUGCUUUGUUGGCUGAGCACUGCGAUUGGUAA